UUCCACUUUCGCUCUCACGCGCCCUCUUACGUCUCUCACAGACAGUCGGUGGCUCUCCGCGCUGCUGAAAAUGAUUCGUGUUGCGUUGUAUCCCGUUCACAUUGUUUAUAAAACAAAUUAAUUAUAUUUAUUAUUAGUUUAAGUGGUAAAGUGGUUGAAAUUGUGCAAUAUUGCCGCACGAGUGCUGCGCAAAUGCGUAAAGAAUGCAUGCGAAAUGCUAGCUGCCAAAUUAUCGCUGUUAUCGUCGCCGUCGCUGCCGCAGUCGACGCCGCAAUCGCUGUCGCGCCAGCAUAUGAAAAAUACUCAUAUGUAUAGAAAAGAAAAUAUAAUACAAAAUUGAAUAAAGAAAUAUGCGAAAAACGCUGUGUUAAAUUUGUGCAAGUGAAAUGUGUAUGGAAAAGACAACAGCAACAACAGCAACAACAAUAACAACAAACACAGCAGAGAGAGAGAGAAAGAGAGGCUCGUUGUUGCUGCUGCUGCUUCUGCUGCAAACGACAAUAACAAAUAAGAAGAAGCAGAGCAAAAUGCGUUUAGAAUAAGGUUAAAAUAAACAAGAAGCAUCACGCGCUCCUUUUCCCACUCCCAAAUCAACUUGUAGUGCAUCUCACACUCACACACACACACACUCACACUCACACACACACCAACAACAACAAUACCCAGCAGGAAACACAGCACCCAGCUGGACUCGUUGCCAUUAUGCAGGCGAAGAAGCGAUAUAUUCUGGUCUUUGUCUCGUGCGCAUUUCUCGCGAUUUCGUUCUGCUAUUUUGGCGGCUAUCGACUGAAAGUGGCGCCCAAUCGUCCCCGCCGCGCCCAGCACGAAUCGGCCAAGGAUGGCGGCAUCCAACCCUACGCACAAUUGCCCAGUUUCAUCAGUUUUGAGCAGCGGAAACCGCUCGCCAAUGAAUCGAGUGCUGCUAUUGCUGCUUCCAAAAAAAAUGCAUGUCGCAUGGAGUCGUGCUUUGAUUUCACGAAAUGCUAUGAUCAGUUUCUGGUCUACGUUUACCCGCCGGAGCCGCUGAAUUCACUGGGCGCCGCACCGCCCAGUUCAGCGAAUUAUCAGAAGAUCCUCACUGCCAUACAGGAGUCGCGUUAUCACACCAGCGAUCCCGCCGCCGCCUGCCUCUUUGUGCUGGGCAUAGAUACACUGGAUCGUGACUCCCUGUCGGAUGACUAUGUUCGCAAUGUGCCGUCGCGUCUGGCGCGUCUGCCGCACUGGAAUAACGGACGGAAUCAUAUAAUUUUCAAUUUAUAUUCGGGCACCUGGCCGGAUUAUGCGGAGCAUUCGCUUGGCUUCGAUGCCGGCGAGGCCAUUCUGGCCAAGGCCAGCAUGAGUGUACUCCAGAUGCGUCACGGCUUCGACGUCAGCAUUCCGCUCUUCCACAAGCAGUUCCCGUUGCGUGCCGGCGCCACCGGAUCCGUGCAGUCCAACAAUUUCCCAGCCAACAAAAAAUAUUUGCUGGCAUUUAAGGGCAAGCGCUACGUUCAUGGCAUUGGAUCGGAAACGCGCAACUCGCUCUUCCAUUUGCACAAUGGACGCGAUAUGGUUAUGGUGACUACCUGCCGGCAUGGCAAGAGUUGGCGCGAGCUGCAGGAUAAUCGCUGUGACGAGGAUAAUCGAGAGUAUGAUAGAUACGACUACGAGACACUGCUGCAGAAUUCAACGUUUUGUUUGGUGCCACGCGGACGUCGCUUGGGCUCCUUCAGAUUUCUCGAAGCAUUGCAAGCGGGCUGCAUUCCUGUGCUAUUGUCCAAUGCCUGGGUAUUGCCAUUUGAGUCGAAAAUCGAUUGGAAACAGGCUGCCAUUUGGGCCGAUGAACGGCUGCUACUGCAGGUGCCCGACAUUGUUCGCUCCAUUUCAGCGGAACGCAUCUUUGCAUUGCGCCAACAAACACAGGUCCUGUGGGAACGCUACUUUGGCUCAAUUGAGAAAAUCGUGUUCACAACAUUUGAGAUAAUUCGCGAACGACUGCCCGAUUAUCCGGUAAGGAGCAACCUCAUCUGGAACUCAUCGCCGGGCGCCCUCCUCACGCUUCCCACAUUUGCGGAUAGUUCUAGAUUUAUGCCCUUUCUACUCAAUGCGAUGGGUAUGGAGCCGCGUCACAACUACACGGCCGUUAUCUAUGUGCAAAUUGGCGCCGCUCUUGGCCCCAAUGCGGCCCUCUACAAACUAGUCAGGACCAUAACGAAGAGCCAAUUUGUGGAUAGAAUACUCGUUCUGUGGGCCGCUGAUCGACCGUUGCCACUUAAGAAACGGUGGCCGCCCACAUUUCACAUACCGCUGCAUGUUAUAGCCUUGGGCGGUAGUUCGCGUGGAGCGGCCACGCCCACGGUACAGACAGGUGCGGAGGCGAGGCCAAGCAUAUCACAGAGAUUCCUGCCCUACGAUGAGAUACAGACAGAUGCAGUGCUGUCGCUCGACGAGGAUGCCAUACUCAAUACGGAUGAACUGGACUUUGCCUACACGGUCUGGCGUGACUUUCCAGAACGCAUUGUUGGCUAUCCGGCCCGAGCACAUUUCUGGGAUGAUUCCAAGAAUGCCUGGGGUUAUACGUCCAAGUGGACAAACUACUAUUCGAUUGUGCUGACGGGUGCGGCGUUUUACCACCGCUACUACAAUUACUUGUACACCAAUUGGCUGUCGUUGCUGCUAUUAAAGACUGUACAGCAGUCCUCCAACUGUGAGGACAUCCUAAUGAAUCUGCUGGUCUCGCACGUGACCAGAAAACCGCCGAUCAAAGUGACGCAGCGCAAGGGUUACAAGGAUCGGGAGACGGGACGCUCACCAUGGAAUGAUCCCGAUCAUUUCAUACAGCGUCAGAGCUGUCUCAACACAUUCGCCGCGGUCUUUGGUUACAUGCCGCUUAUACGUUCCAAUUUGCGCAUGGAUCCCAUGUUGUAUCGCGAUCCAGUCUCCAAUCUGCGCAAAAAGUAUCGCCAGAUCGAGUUGGUUGGCAGCUAGCGAUAUGUGCAGAUCGGUAAUAGCUACAAGCGUUAAGUGUACUGAGAUUCCCCUACCGCACACCCACACACACACACACACACACACACACAGCAGU